CACUCCUCUCCCUCUCUCUCUCUCUCUCACUCAAUUCUCCGGCGAUGGACUCCAAUCCCGAGGACUCCGUCCGGUCGAAGAUGGAGUCACUUAGGCUGGCCUGCGACAGAGAGAUUCCGACUCAGCUCCAGAAGACCGACGCCGCCGCCGCGGCGCUGCACGACUCCCUCGCGUCGAUCCGCGCCAGAGUACAAGAAACCGUCCAGUGCAAAGGGAAAGUCGGAGAGGCUAAAGCUAAGUUGAGGAAAGCCGAGGAUGGCUUGUUUAAGGCCCUAGCAACAAAGACUCGUAAAGAGGCGAAGCGGAUGGCAAUGAUGGAUGCAAUUUCCGCCAGGAAAGCGAGAAUUGAUGAACUUAAGAGAGUGGUGCAGGAUCGGAGGGCUAAGCGGGAUGAGUACGCUGAAAUUAUCUCCCAGCAAUAUUUUGAAUCUGAAGAUAGGUCCAUCACCAAUAGUAAAGAAGAAGUAGAAGAGGCCAUAUUAUGGUAUAAUAAGGUCCUCGGUUUCAAUAUUGAAGGCGGACAUGGGGUGAGAUUCACAUUCAAGAACAUCAAUUUGAAAAAUCCAGAUGAGGAAUUCUCCUUCACUGUUAGGCAUGCGAAUGAUGUGUAUACCUUGUUGGAUUGUGAACCACAUUUGAAUGAAAUCAAAGAGUUGUUAGAUGAAUUGAACAGAACCAAUGGAUUAUUUAAAUUUGUCAGAGAUAUGAGACAAAGGUUUCAAGAAGCUGCUUCUCAAGGAUUAGCAAUGGUUAUGCAUCAAGAGUACUCCACAAUUUCUGGGUCUGCUCCAGCUUGGUCAAUGUCAACAGUCAGAAGUGAAUCUUUUGCCAAGAGUCAUGAGAAAGACCAAGUUCAGCAUAAAAAACCUGCUAGACUGGUCAAGAAACUUAGCCCUGGAAAGGGGAGUAAAUCACAAAGUCAAUCUCCUGGGUCUGCACUGUCUCUUCGCCGCUCUCCUCGGUUCAAGGUCAGGAAAUGAAGAUGGACAUACUGUUUGCUAUCUUUAGUCAAGUACUAACCUCCUCAAUAAUCACAGUUCACACCUUGAGUGCUGUCACAAAUAACUUUAACUGAUAGAAAGGAAGAGCUUCAUGGAAGUAAGUUUCGCAAAUUAACAUGACAAUUGCCUUUGUUGCUGGUUUUUGUGCUUGCUCACCUAGUUUGUUCUGAAUUGAUAAGUUGAUGUGAUGACAAUGUUGGGCAUGUCAUUUCCAAAUUCUGUAGUACUGGAUAUGUGAAUAUCACCUUAUUUUGUAUGCUGAUAUGUUGUAGUUUUGGUAGUGUGAUGUGUUAUUAUUUUGCAGCAGAGCUCAUUAGUUAUAUGAUUUCCUUGUGUGUGUGUGUGGAGAGUGAU